AUGAGUAAAAGAAAGCACGAAUCAUCAGAUUCAAAUAAAAAAGCAAUGAAAAAACAACAAAAUAAAAUAGAAGAAGAAGAAGAAGAAAUUACAAAUACUACAACUACAACUACAACCACAAAUAAUAAUUAUAAUAAUAUAAAAUCAAAUUUAACAAUUGAUCAAUGGAUACCAAAAAAAGAAACAUUUUCAAAACGUUAUUAUGAAAUUUUAGAAAAGAGAAAAGAGUUACCAGUUUGGAAACAAAAAGAGGAUUUUAUAAAAGUUAUUAAAGAGAAUCAAGUUGUAAUUUUAGUUGGUGAAACAGGUUCAGGUAAAACCACACAAAUUCCACAAUUUGUAGUUGAUGCAGGAUUAAUUAGACCAGGUAAAAUGGUAGGUGUUACACAACCAAGAAGAGUAGCAGCAAUAAGUGUAGCAAAAAGAGUAUCAGAGGAAAUGGAUUUUGAAUUGGGUGAAGAGGUUGGUUAUUCAAUUCGUUUCGAAGAGUUAUCAUCAGCACGUACAUUUAUGAAAUAUUUAACUGAUGGUAUGUUACUUAGAGAAUCGAUGUCUGACCCAACCUUAAAUAAAUACGAUGUGAUCAUAUUGGAUGAGGCACAUGAACGUACAUUAUCAACUGAUAUUCUCUUUGGUUUAAUAAAGGAUAUUCUAAAGAGACGUAAAGAUUUAAAACUCAUAGUUAUGUCUGCAACAUUGGAGGCUGGUAAAUUUCAAAAAUAUUUCGAGAAUGCACCAUUGAUCAAGGUGCCAGGUCGUUUGCAUCCCGUAGAGAUCUUUUACACUGAAGAGGCAGCAAAGGAUUAUUUAGAGUCUGCAGUUAGAACGGUUAUUGAUAUUCAUACAAAUGAAGGAACUGGUGAUAUUUUAGUUUUCUUGACUGGUGAGGAAGAGAUUGAAGAUACCUGCGCAAAGAUUCAACGUGAAACUCGUGAAAGAGGUUUACCACCAAUGAAAACCCUUCCACUCUAUUCAUCAUUACCAAUCUAUCAACAAAGUAAAAUUUUCGAUACAUGUAAAGAGCGUAAAUGUAUCGUUUCCACCAAUAUUGCAGAGACAUCACUUACAAUCGAUGGUAUUGUUUUCGUGGUUGAUCCAGGAUUUUCAAAACAAAAAACCUAUAAUCCACGUUCACGUGUUGAAUCACUUUUAGUUGCACCAAUUUCAAAAGCAUCAGCAAAUCAAAGAGCUGGUCGUGCUGGUCGUACACGUCCAGGUAAAUGUUUCCGUUUAUACACUGAAAAAGCAUUUAAAGAGCUAAUGAUUCAACAAACUCAUCCAGAGAUUUUACGUUCAAAUUUAGCUUCAGUUGUAUUACAACUUUUGAAAUUGGGUGUUGUCGAUUUAGUACAUUUCGAUUUUAUGGAUCCACCAGUACCAGAUACAUUAAUUCGUGCAUUGGAAGUAUUACAUUAUCUUGGUGCAUUGGAUGACGAGGGUCAAUUGACAGAGAUUGGUUCAAUUAUGUCUGAAUUCCCAUUGGAUCCACAAUUAUCCAAAAUGUUGAUAGUUUCAGCUGAACGUAGUUGUUCCAAUGAAAUCUUAACAAUUGCUGCAAUGUUAUCCGCUCCAAAUUGUUUUAUGCGUCCAAAGGAUAACAGAAUCGAAGCUGACUCUGCAAAGAAAUCAUUUGAUCAUUUCGAUGGUGAUCAUCUUACAAUGUUAAAUGUUUAUCAUAGUUUUAAAAAGAAUGGUGAAGAUCCAACUUGGUGUUACGAUAAUUUCCUCAAUCAUCGUGCCAUUAAACAAGCCGAUAGUGUCCGUUCACAAUUGGCUAGAAUCUUAACUCGUUUCAAAUUACCAUUGGUUAGUGGUGAUGUAAAUAGUAAAUUUUAUUAUGAAAAUAUAAAGAAAUGUAUCGCUGCUGGCUUCUUUAUGCAAGUGGCUAAAUGCGAGAAAAAAAAUAUCUACUUCACCCUAGGUGAUGAACAAUCUGUAAUCUUUCAUCCUUCAACUGGUUUAACUCGUCGUCCUGAAUUUUGUAUCUACAAUGAAUUUGUUUUAACCUCUGAAAAUUAUAUUAGAACAAUCACUGAUGUUAAAUUUGAUUGGUUAUUAGAAUUGGCUCCAAGUUAUUUUAAACAAAAAUCUUUCCCUAAAAAAACAAAAGAAACAAUUCAAAGAGCUCAAAGAUUAUAUAGUGGUAGUAGUAGUGGUAGUAGUAGUGGUAGUAAUAAAAAAUAA